AUGGCUUCUUCUCCAAGAUCCACCUUUCUUUUGCACAUCUCCCUCACCCUUCUCCUCCAUUCUCAAACCUUGCCGAAAACGGCCUUCUCACAGAACCUCUUCUUUCACUUCCCUCCUUUCUCCAACAAGAAUCUCGUCCUCCUCGGCAGCUCCAGCCUCCGGGACGGUUCGCUCUGCCUGACCAAUGGCAGCCUUUCAUCUUCAAGCUUCGGUGCGGCCAUAUUCCUUAAUCCUGUCGCCAUCAUUCCCCUUGUUUCCUUCUCUACCAGCUUCUCCUUCUUGGUAACAAACCCUAACCAAGAUCUCACAUCUUCCAGUCGCAAUGCCAUCGCUUUCUUCUUGCUCCCCAACAGCUCCUUACCCGCUCUGUUCCAGUCCCUCGACGCCGUCAAGAACGCCUCUAUCUUAUUUCUGGAAUUCCCCGUCUCAAGAUAUCUGAAAGCAGCAAGCGUCAAUCAUAUAACGGCGAGAAUCAGCAUUCACUACAAGGAAGGCGGGAUGGCGGUGAGGGUUUCAGCAGGAGAACCCCGCAUCACGAUUAAAGAAGAAAGCCAGAUCUUAAUCUCGAAGAAUUUCGUCGAACACAUCUAUGCGGGUUUCUUCUCCUCAAACCAGAACAGUUCCGAGUCCCGUGUAAUCCAAAGCUGGAGCCUUUCUUCUUCAAUCUUCCAUCGCAACAACCCACAAAGCACUUGGCGAAUCAAACUUCAAUCAACUAAAGCACUCAAGUACUCCCCUAGCAAUACUCUCCUCAUCCUCAUCAGAGCAAGCACCCUUGCAAUAUCCGCCGCCGUCAUCAUCGUCGUCUGCUUCAACGUCAAGGAACAGUUCAGCCCAGACGCCCGAAAACGAAGGAGAGAAAGGCAGUUACUCCUAAAAGACUUCCGCAAAUUCAAGUACAGCGAGAUAGUAACAGGAACGAGGAAUUUCAACGAGAUAAUUGGCUUCGGAGGAACCUCCAAAGUGUACAAAAUGAACUUCCCCCUUUCUUCUUCCACCUUCUACGCAGUGAAACGCUUCAACACUGACAAGAAGAGCAGGAAAAGCUACCAUAACGAGCUAGAAACAAUGAGCCGUGUUCUCCAUGAGAACAUACUGGAACUCAAAGGUUGGUGCGACAUGGACACGGGAGAGAACCUGCUCGUCUUCGACUACAUGCCUCAAGGCUCCCUUCACUAUGUCCUCCAUUCACGAAAAAAUCAACUCCUUCCCUGGACUCAGAGAUAUUCCAUAGCAAUCAAGCUAGCCACUGCACUGAAGCAUCUCCAUGAAGAAUGCUCUCCUCACAUAGUGCACGGUGACAUCAAAGGAAGCAACAUUCUGUUAGACGAUGAGUACCAGCCGAAGUUGGGAGAUUUCGGGAUCUCGCUAAACGGGGCGCCAUAUAAAGCUGCUGGAGCGAGCAAGCAGUACUCAGCGCCGGAGUGUAAGCCGAAAAGUGAUAAUAUGUGA